AUGCCGCUGCGAAGUCAACUUCCACAGCCGCUGAUCCAAGACGUUCCCCUCCAUGAGUUACUGCUGCAAAGCCUCCGGAGUCACGAUCCUCAAACUGUCUUGUUCAUCACUUCUGAAACUGGAAGAAAAUACACAGCUGCGGACAUACUCACCGCCGCAAAUGGAGUCGCCAGUGCGCUCUUCACUAAAGGACUGCGCAAAGGUGAUGUUGUGGCUUACUGCAUGUACAACUGCCCACAGGUUGCCGCUGCACUGAUCGGAACGUGGAUGUGUGGCGGAGUGAUUAGUGGUAUCAAUCCGGAUUACACAAAAACUGAAUUCCAGAAAUGCUUUCGCAUGUGCGAUGCAAAGUUUGUGAUAACUCAGAAAGCGUUAUUGAAAGAAAUACACGAGAGUGCCAUUUAUCAGGGUUCCAUGAUAAAGAUGAUUUUCCUCAUGGAUGAAGAUGAAGAUAAUCUGACCUCGUUACCUGAGCAGGUAACGCAGCUUGGAGCAACAGCCGCGAAAGUUCAAUUAGUUCCUAUUCCACCCAUUAAAUUUUGGACAAAGACUGACCUUUCGUUAAUGCUCUUCUCCAGUGGCACUACAGGACCGCCGAAAGCCGUUAUGUUGUCUCACUACGGACCCUGUGCAUGGACUCAAAUAAUGCGCAAUAUGCCAAUCCUCAUUCUGCCGACAUGCCGAGAUCACAUCAUUGCCUACCUGCCGUACUUUCACAUUUUUGGCAUCUACACGUUGCUCAAUUGUCUCGAUAUCGGAUUUUGCUCAGUGACGAUGGAGAAAUUUAAAUUUGAAACAUUUUUGCAACUUUUGCAACAGUACAAGGUAUAA